AUGACUUCAACCGAAAAGCCCACAACGGGCCACCACCACAAUCCCAAUCCCAAAACCAGCAUGGAGCCCUCAAAACACGAAAUCGACGACCUCCCCUUCUCAGCAACCAAAUCCCACCACCAUAAUACCCAGGACCCAUGGACAACCCAGUUCUCCUCCGCGCCCCCCGAAUGGCACGCCCGCACCCAAAAAGCCCUCCUCCGCAAAAUCGACCUCCACCUCCUCCCCUUUUUGAUCCUGAUGUACCUCCUCAACUUCCUCGACCGGUCCAACCUCGCGCAAGCCCGACAGGGCACUUUGGAAGCCGACCUCUCCAUGUCCGGCACAGAUUUCAACCUAGCAACCAGCAUUUUCUUCGUCGCCUACCUCCUCAUGCAAUUACCGAGUAACAUGCUCAUCACCCGUCUCCGCCCUUCGAUAUACUUGUCAACAGCAAUGGCGCUGUGGGGCGGUGUAUCAGCUUGUAGUGCUGCUAGUCAGAAGUUUGAGCAUUUACUUGUUGUGCGAAUAAUGUUGGGAAUAGUGGAGGCGCCGUUUUUUCCGGGCGCGGUGUUUUUGAUGAGUAGUUGGUACUCGAGGGCGGAGCUUACGAAGCGGAUGGCGUAUUUUUAUAGCGGGAAUGCGCUGGCGAAUAUGUUUGGGGGGGUUAUUGGGGCGGGGGUGCUGGGGAAUUUGGAGGGCGCGAGGGGGAUAAGUGGGUGGCGGUGGUUGUUUAUUAUUGAGGGAACAAUAACCAUAGCCGUCGCCAUCGCCGCCGCCUUUGUCCUACCCGAUUACCCCAACACCACACGCUGGCUAAGCGAAGAAGAGCGGGCCUAUGCCUCCUGGCGCUUGCUAGCCGACAUCAACGAGUCCGACGAUCAAAAUACUCGCUCGGUGUGGGACGGACUGAAGCUCGCCGUCAAAGAUUACCGACUAUACCUCUUCGUCUUGCUACAGCAUCUGUCCCUGCUCAGCCAAACGUUCCAGUACUUCUUCCCCAGCAUCGUGGGCACCCUCGGAUACGGCAAGAUCGAAACCCUGUGGUUGACGGCUCCCGUGUGGUUUGCGACUUUUCUGAUCUCCGUCUGUGUGACCUGGACGAGCUCGAAGACGGGUGAUCGCAGCUUGCAUAUCUUCUUCUUGAUGUUGUUGGCUGCUGCUGGAAAUGCGGUUGCGACGGGCACGACGAAGGUGGGGGCGAGGUUCUUUGCCAUGUUCUUGAUGCCUAUGGGGGCUGUUUCUGCUUAUCAAAUCAUAUUGUCGUGGGUUGCCAACUCGUUCCCUCGUCCUAUGGUCAAGCGGUCGGCUGCUGUGGCUAUUGCCAACAUGAUUGGAAAUACGGCUAGUAUUUAUGGCUCGUACAUGUAUCCAGCAACGGCUGCGCCACAGUAUAUCCCCGGAGGGAGUGCGAAUUCGGUUAUCUGCCUUCUGGUGGGUUUGCUGGCGUUGUUCUUGCGUUAUCUGCAUAAGUGGGAGAAUAAGAAGCUGGAGAAGGCCGAGGCGGAAGAGGCUGAGAACCCAGAGACUGCUGUUGCGGCUGAAGGGGAUAGGAGAGCCGCUGGGUUCAGGUAUAUCUACUGA